AUGUCGGAUAAAAGUGAUAAUGAAGAUACAGGCAAUACGCCAAAUUACACUGCUAGUGACACUCAUCAAAUAAACGGGAAUGACGACAUUCAGCAACAACAGGAGGAUGGUUUUGGUAGUUUUGAUGAUGCCGUACAGGACGAUGACUUUGGAGAUUUUGAAGAGGAAGAGGAAGAGGAGGAGGAGGAGGAAUUUGACAUAGAUAACACCCCCAUCUUCAGUACCAUGCAAGAUGCAUUAGACUUAUGGCAACACCUACUAGGCCAAAUAUACCAUUAUGAAGCAUUAGACAGUUUCACAGGCAAUGCGCCUAAAAGUAUAGAGCAAUAUGUACUCGAGGAAGCACCAGAAUCUCUUCAUGCUCGACUCACAUGGGAUUCCGUUACUCGUUACAUGGAGAAUGACACUGGUAUACCCAGAGUGAAAUGGCAUCAGUCUGAAAUUGAAAGGCACUAUUUGAAUGCCCUUGCCUGUAAGAGAUCAGCGACUCCAACCAUAUCAAAUACACCUACCAUGUUGAAUACAGACAUGACGCAGGAGCAUCAUCCUAUGAUGGGUAUGGAGCUAGCAUUGGACACGGUAAUAGGAUCCAAUGUAUCUUCCGCAGUAGCAACAGACUCAGUGGUAGAUCAACCUACCACUCCCAACAGCAGUACAACCACGCCAACCACAUCAGAAAAGAGAUCGUCCGUCUUUGGUCUAUCCUCUCUAUCAAGGUUCUUGCCUCAUUUGUCAAAGUCCAGUUUGCCCAAAUCACCUACAACUACGACUCUUACAUCGCCUAUUACAGCCUCUAAAAGCUUGCCUCGACAACAAAGCACACCAUUCAAUCAUUUGAAUGUAUCCAAUUUGAAGCAGCAGCAAGAUGCUGGUUCAUCCUCCAUGAAGCGGUCCAAUUCGGUUGCAUUUACAUCAACAAGAGAUACAGGCGUGCCUUCUUCAUCCAUGCAACUGCACACUGCAAAACCUCGACCUACCUCUUUUCAACCAGCACCACAAGGCAUGGAUCUGUUUGACCUGACAGACGAUCCCACUACCAUUGUCAAAUCACCUACCACAUUUCAAUUCAAUUUUGAGCCUCUCGUUCCAACGCAUGCAUCACCUCCAACGCCUGUGCGCCGAAACACAAUACCAGCCAACAUGCAUUCAGAUACCAAGUCUACGACACUUGGCAAUGCAUCCCUAGAUACCAUUCAGGAUGAUGAGUUUGGCGAUUUCACAACGGAGGUCAACCAGGACCUGGGUCAGACGCAGGAAGGGGAUGAUGAUUUUGGUGAUUUCAGUCAAGAACGGCCUGCACCCGCAAAACCGGUCAAUUUUAUAGACGAUGAUCCGUUUGGCAUCAUGGGCAGUAGCAACACAAAGACAGGUAGCACGCCACUGACUAAAAACAACGACGAUCCAUACGAUAUUGCCAGCUACACUCAACAUCCACCACAACCACCACCGGCCCAGCAAUCUAAUCGUCUGAUCAGCUUGGAUCAGAGUAGUUUUGCACCGCAAUCAGCACCCGUAACCUCGCCCAAGCUCAUGAUGCCCACCACAUGUGAUCUGCUAACACCUAUUGCAUCUGGCCUCAGUGAGCAGCCGAAUACGAGCGAUCUAGUGCCGAAAACAGAUGCAAAGGCUAUUGAAGAUGACGAUGACUGGGGAGAUUGGGCAUUUUAG